CUGUUUGGUGUUCGGUGGGUCCACGGAACAUUUCCCCCGGAGGUGAACGGUACACGGUCCACGAUGUCUGUGGCCGGGCUGAAGAAACAGUUCCACAAAGCCAGUCAGCUACUAAGUGAGAAGAUCAGUGGGGCAGAGGGGACUAAACUGGAUGAUGACUUCAUUGAGAUGGAAAGGAAAAUUGAGGUGACCAGCAAGUCAGUGUUUGACAUCUUGUCCAAAACAACAGAGUACCUCCAGCCUAACCCAGGCUCUCGAGCCAAACUAAACAUGCUGACAACAGUGUCUAAGAUCCGAGGGCAGGUGAAGACCACCGGUUACCCUCAGACUGAAGGCCUGCUGGGAGACUGCAUGCUGCGCUAUGGCCAUGAACUGGGAGAGGACUCCGUCUUUGGCUGUGCGCUGCUGGACAUGGGUGAUGCCAUGAGACAGAUGGCAGAUGUGAAGGACUCCCUGGACAUAAACGUCAAACAAAACUUUAUUGACCCCUUGCAGAAUCUACAGGACAAAGACCUCAAAGAGAUCACGCACCACUUGAAGAAGCUGGAGGGCCGCCGGUUAGACUUUGACUAUAAGAAGAAGCGUCGGGGGAAAAUCCCUGAUGAGGAGAUCCGCCAGGCUGUGGAGAAGUUUGAUGAGAGCAAAGAGCUGGCUGAAAGGAGCAUGUUCAACUUCCUGGAGAAUGAUGUGGAGCAGGUGAGCCAGCUGUCAGCACUGAUCGAGUCGGCCUUAGAGUACCACCGGCAGUCAUGUGAAAUCCUGGAGGAGCUGAGUGGAAAGCUGCAGAAGCGGAUAUCAACAGCCAACUGCCGUCCCAAGAGAGAAUUUAAGCCAAAUGUGAUAAGGAGCACCACCAACACUCUGGACAACAGUCAGCACAACGGCCUGUCCUACAGCUCCUCACUUAAAUCCACCGAUAUCCAGAUCAACCACACAGUUAAUGGGAAAAUUGAUCAUAUAACCACUGUACCACUGUCAUGGCCUGAGAGCCCAACUACCAAUGGCAACCUGCACCAGGCGGAGGUGCUUGACCAGCCAUGCUGUCGCGCCCUCUACGACUUCAAGCCAGAGAAUGAGGGCGAGCUUGGCUUCAAAGAGGGUGACAUCAUCAUCCUCACCAACCAGAUAGAUGAGAACUGGUAUGAGGGCAUGAUCUGUGGCGAAUCUGGCUUCUUUCCCAUCAACUACGUAGAGGUCAUCGUCUCCCUCCCUCAGUGAAGCCCGGCACCCCCGAGUCCUUUACCGACUCCGUCUUGCCUCAUCACGUUCAGGCUCCGUCCUCAGCUCGACUCUGACCAGAAAAUGUACA